AUAAUGACAGAGCUGCCAGCCGUAGUGGAUGCACUGCCUUACUUUGACAAGGGCUACGACGAGUCGGGUAUUCAAGAGGCGGCUGCCCUGCUGGUGGAAGAGGAGAUGCGUCGGUACCGCCCGACGAAGAACUACCUGGAACACCUUCCCAGCCUCAGUGGGCCUGUUCAGCUCAAAUUUGAGACUGAGGUCAUGCGCACAGAAUUUGAUCGUAUGUCUAAUCGUUUGCCCAUGGAGUUGCUAAGUAUGAAACGGUACGACGUACCGCCACCACCCGCCGGGAAGAUGGGCGAUCUGCGUGCUUGGCAGGAGGCCAUUGAAAAUGCCCACGUUCAGUUGGCUCACCAAAUCACGCGAAUAAACAACCUGGACUUAAUGAGUGAGUACGGCUGUAAUGCCUGGAAAAACUUCAACGAAGUCCUCGAACGAAUGCUGCAUCACCAUGAAAAGGACUUGAUUGAAAUGAGGCGCAAGGUCCAAGAGAUCAAUUGGCAGCGGAAAAAGGAACAAACAAUGGCUGGAGAAGUGUUGACACAACUGGAAGAAGAGUGGGUCGGACUUGUAGGCAAGAAUUACGAAAUCGAACAGGCUAUAAUUGACCUAGAAACGGAGCUCAACCUGCCGCGUGGAUCGAGGGAGAACGAUGCUUCCUCGUGA